CUUAAUUUACCAGCAACACAUUUAUCUUGUUUCUGCAGCUCUUUCUUGGAGAGCAUUAAAUCAUUUUUUGAUAGCGCUUUUGAGGAGGAGGUAAUAUGAAGUCUUGAAACUUUACAGCUGUUCACUGGAGAGAGAAAGAGAAGUGCCACAUGCAUAAGAAAAUUAUGUUAAGCUGUGGGAAAAGUGUGUGCCUGGACUAACAUUACGGUGGAUCACUGAGGACUGCACAAAUGUUCACAGCGUUUGGAGUGGUCAGUGGCCAGAACCAGUACCUGAGCAGAGAUGGCGUGAAGCCCCACCCAGGACUGGAGUUGAACAGACCAAUCCAAAUGGAGAAUGGGGUAACUUCAAGCAUGUGCCCUGUUUAUCAAAGCCAAGCCUGUAACAAUGCUGGACAGCCAGGUGGGGUUAAUAAUGUUUCUAGGCCAGUGAAACCAGCACCACUCCCAGUCCCUCCUCCUGCACUCAAAUUAGGGCAAGAAGGAUUCAAAAAAGUGUGCCGAACUGAGGAGGACAGUCCCUGUCCCUUCCCAGGGCUAGCUUCUGGGGUGUUGGAGAUGCGCGUUAAGGAAGGAAGCAAGAUUCGCAAUUUAAUGGGAUUUGCCAUGGCACGGAUGCAAGGAGAGAAGGGAGUAAGUGGGGUAAAUGUGAGUGGUGGUGGGCUCAGACAAGUGGUUUUUACCGGGUCAGGUCGUGCCGUCACAAAGACCAUCACCUGUGCCGAGAUCAUGAAACGGAAAGUGGGCUGUUUGCACCAGCUGACCAAACUCCGGUAUAAGGUUGUAAAAGAAGUGUGGGAGAGUACUGAAGGAGGGACAUCCGAGAUGACAGUGCACAGGACUGUGCCCUCCAUCAGCAUCCUUCUUUCCAAAGAUCCUCUGGAUCCCCAGGAACCAGGCUACCAGCCUCCAGAGACUCUCGGUGCAUUGUGGGAAGAAAGAGAGGGUACCGAACCUGCAACAGCAUCCAAGAGAUCCCUUGGACCUUUGCCAUACACCAGUUUCCCUGACUGUAAGAGAGUGUGUUUAGGGGAAGGAGCCUCAGUCCUUCCUCCUCACUGACUGGCCCAACUGGUGUCACAGUGGAGAGGAUUGAAUCAGAGGCGUUCAUUUGGCACUGCACUCCACUCAAGCACAAUGCUGAGACAAUCAGAACAUCCACUCAGACAGAACAGUGCUUUUUCAGAAGAACUGACUACCAAUUCCAUCCUCCAGAGGUCAGUUUGACUGGGACCUAACAAGCUGCCUCUGGACAUACAGCAUUUACAGGACGUCUUUUGUGGUACGUCCAACAUGGUCUCUCACAUCCAGAAAACUUUGAUGAUGUGUGCUACCAUGCUAAUAUAUGACAUCUAGAAAAAAAUAUUACAUCCUAUUUCACACUAACAAAAGCCAUGAAUUUCAUAGGUUCUAGGUUACUGCUUUCAGUAAACUAUUAACAACCUGUGGACAAAAUCAUUUGUUUGCCUUAUGCUACAGUCAUCUCGGCAACCAUUUUCCCCAUGCUUUUAAAUUUAACCUUUCGGAAUAUAAAACGUAGAUCCGAGUAGACACACACACACGUACGCAAACGCACAUGUGCACACACACAUACACGCACACACACAACCAAAGCCACUGGUGACAUGACAAAUGCACAGCA